AUGGCUUCUCUGGGUCUGCAGGUGUUGGGCAUCGCCCUCUCUAUCAUAGGAUGGCUGGGCACUUUGAUCACCUGUGCUCUCCCUAUGUGGAGGGUGACAGCCUUCAUCGGGAACAACAUCGUGGUGGCCCAGAUCGUUUGGGAAGGACUAUGGAUGAACUGCGUGGUGCAGAGCACAGGGCAGAUGCAGUGCAAGAUCUAUGACUCCAUGCUGGCCCUUCCUCAGGACCUCCAGGCAGCCAGAGCCCUGGUGGUCAUCGCCAUCAUUGUGGCCCUCCUGGGAGUGCUCAUGGCCAUCAUUGGAGGCAAGUGCACCAACUGCGUGGAAGAUGAGUCUGCCAAGGCUAAGGUCAUGAUCGUCGCUGGCAUCAUCUUCAUCCUGGCCGGAAUCCUCACCUUGAUCCCAGUGUCCUGGUCCGCCAACAACAUCAUCCGAGACUUCUACAAUCCUCUGGUGGUGGAAGCUCAGAAGAGAGAGCUGGGGGCAUCGCUGUACAUUGGCUGGGGGCGGCCGCUGCCUUGCUCCUCCUGGGCGGUGCCAUGCUGUGCUGCAACUGCCCACCAAGGGACCAGAAGCCUUACUCUGCCAAAUACUCCGCAGCACGAUCUGGACCAGCCAGCAACUACGUGUAAUCAGCCCUACGGGGACGCCGACUGCCUUGUCCAGGAGCCAACGAAGGACACGAGGACUUUGAACCUUUAUUCACCAUCUACUUCAUUAUUGUUACAAACUUUGGAUUUGCCACAUAAGAUCAAUGGUGACUUUGGCUGUUUUUUUUUUUUUUUUUUUUUAAGACUGUGA